AUGGUGAAGAGUGAAGGGCGUAGAGAUAGUAAGAAGUGUGGAGUGCCAGAUCUCCCAGCUCUACCUCAGUGGAGCCCAUCCCAAGGACCUUUGCAGCUUGGGGAUUGGCUUCUUUUGCUGGAGCCGCUGGUGGCAGACCUAUCCACGACGUCAGAAACAUGGUGGAGGUUGGUGACAAGCGGUGCCGAGAGAUGGUACCAAAGGCACGUGAGCCUGUCGCCACUGGAUCGAAUUCAGCACAAAGCAGAACCACCAGCAGAAGUACAGCAAGACAAAUGGCAGAGAUUAGAGAGGAGGAUGUCAGCGAUGCUUCUUCAUGCGAUCCCAGAAGGCAUCAGGGAAGAGCUGGUGGCAUCACGUCGCCUGGGAGUCUUUUGCAUUCUGACUCAUCUAUACGCCGUCUACUGCCCAGGAGAAUUCUAUGAGAAGCAGACGCUUCUCAAGAACUUAGAGGAGCCAGCCGAGGUGAGUGCAAUCUCAGAAGCCCCAGGAGCCAUCAGGAAGUGGCUGAGAUGGAGGAGGAGGACAGAGGAGAUUGGAGCUGUCGCCCCAGUAGCACUCACAGAGAAGGGAGCAGCACCAGCAAACAAAGCAGAAGCACCGAAGAUCAGGCAGUUUGAGGCAGAGCGAGGUGAUCGAGAAAAAAGCAAAGGUAAAGGACAGGAGAGAAGUUCCGAAGACUCAGGAGGGAAGCCGAAGUGUCACUUCUUCUUGAGUGAGAAGGGGUGCAGAAAGGGCAAGCAGUGCACCUACUCAAAUGAUGCAAAGGAUGAGAAGAGGAGGUGCUGGACUUGUGGAGCCACAGACCACAUGUCACCCAGCUGCACCAGACCAAAGUCAGCGACAGGAGAAGGAAGCCCAACUAAGGCAAAGAGCCUGAAGUCAGAGGGGGAGGGGAGACCAUUAUCACCGAAGGAAUCAGACAUACAGUCCUCGGUGGCAUCAGACAUCUCAAUGAAAGAACUGAUGGAAGAAGCCAACAAGAUGCUGAGGUCGAUGCCGACGUCCGCAGGAGGAAGUGCAGCGUCGGCGAGCUCCGCAACCAAGGAGGAAGAAGCGAGGAGUGAUGUCCUAGAGCGACUGCAGCAGCAGCUAAACAGCAUGAAGCUAAAGGUGUUGGGGAUCGGCAAGGUCAUGAAGAGGGGCCAUGGUGAGUCCAAAGAAGGAUACAGAGCCAAUCGUCCCUAUGGGGCACCUGACAGCCCUGUUGGGAUGCGAAGUGAGUGGAAAGGGAAGGAGCUGGAGCUGAAAAACCCAAGGAAGGGGUUGCUUCCAGUACAACACCAUGAAGGAUGCCCUCAAGUCUCUAAAGCGUUGGCAUUAGAGCUCAUUGAGGAGAUAGAAGACAAAGUGCAGGGCAUAGGCGCCACGGCAGGCGACUUCAAAGAAGAAGAAGAAUGGAUGAGGAGAUUGGCACGGGAGCAUCCUGUGCUGAAGCAGCUGCCACCAUGGAUCAAAGAUCGACUCGCGGUGACUCCAGGAGAAUGGAGUGGUUUGCCGCUGAAUAGGAAGUGGAGGAAGAGGUUGAAGCGAGAGGGCUUCAUUCUUCACCUCUAUGCAGGAGGCAAGGAAGGAUUCACCGUUCAGCGGGCAUUCAAGCAAGUUGGAGGAGACGAAGGUUUGAUGUUGGAGGUGGAUGAGAAGAGAGGGCCAGGACACGAUAUGCUCAGCGACUCUCAGGUCUAUCCAUCUCUCUUACGAGCAGCUCUUGAGGGGAAGCUGAAGGCCAUCGUAGGACUGCCCAAGGUCCACUUUGCCCUCGAACAACCAGCAUCUCCAAGAAGCUACAUGCCAGAAACAGUCAGUUUCUGGGACACUGAGGAGUGGAAGCAGAUCAAGGAAGAAUUUCAAUUUGAGGAGACCACCUUUGAGCAGAGGAGCUUAGGAAGAUGCACCAACAUAGAAGCAGUCCAGGAAGAGAAGAAGCCGAAGACCAGCAGCCAGAAGAUGCCGGAGAAGGAAGGGGGGGUAGAGGAGACCCUGAGCAGCCCGCGGCAGGCGGCGACACAGGUGGGGGUAGAGGAGACCCGCCAGGCGGCGACGCAGGUGGGGGUGGAGGAGACCCUGACCAGCGCCCGCCCGGUGGUAGAGCAGGUGGGGAUGGAGUUGCGGGUCUUCAGGCUGGCACUUCCAAUGGUGACGAAGACAGCCAAGGAAGUCACCAGGACAAAGAUGGAGUUCCUCUUGAAGCUGAAGGCAGACGGGCACAAUGCGCCCCGAAUCCACUGUGACAGAGGCCGCGAAUUCUCAGGAGAGUUCAAACGAUGGGCCAACUCACGUGGCAUCCACAUCACCCGAACACCCGGUGAUGAUCCAAGAGGGAAUGGCAGGGUGGAGAACACCGUGAAGGCCAUAAAGACCCAAAUCAGAAGAGCCCUGAGACAGGCAUGUGAAGAUGCCAAAUGGUGGCCCUGGGCGUGCCGGUACGUCACAGAGAUCAACAGAUGCGUCAGGAUGGGCACAACACCUGAAUGGCCGAGGUUUCUGAAGGAAGUGCGGGUCAAGAAAAGGCCGACGGAGGAGCCGCUAGAUGAGAGAGUCUGGCUGGCAGUUGAGAAGGAGAUGCUGGAUGCAUUGGCCUUAAGAAGAAGGCUAAGAGAAAAGACGUCCGUGAGAAGGCUGGACGCAGUGAUGAUGACACCACCAGAAGAAGAAGAUGAUGAGAAGAAGAAGAAGAAGGAGAUGGAGGAAGAUGAAGUCCUCCAAACGAAGAUUGUCUCGCCCAAGGAGGUGGCGAGGAGAUGGAAAGAGUGGCUGCCGGCGAUUGAAAGUGAAGUUCAGUCGUUGGUGGAAGAGAAAGAAGCACUGAGGAUGCUGACCAAGGAGGAGGUCCAUCAGCUGCAGAUAGAAGCUGAAAGAACAGGCUUGACGAUGGAGAGUGUUCUGUCGAAGAUGGUCUUCACACUCAAGCCAGGACCAGAAGGAGGCAAGCCAAAGGCCCGAUGGGUCGCAUGCGGCAACUUUGAAAGCCGCAAGGAUGACGAGGAUAACUCCUCCAGUGGGGCCGAUGCAACAGCCCUGAGAGUACUGGUGUGGAUGGCGAUGAAACGUCAAUGGCUUGGAUGUGUGAUUGAUGUGAAGACGGCAUUUUUGAAUGCCAAGAUGAUACAGAAGGAAACAGAAGGACUCCUCUUGAUCAAGCCUCCAUCCAUUUUGGUGGACCAGGGCUUCAUGCCAAGAGACGCGCUGUUCCUUCCACUGCGAGCGGUGUACGGAUGUACGGAUUCCGCCGCUCACCAAGACUAUGGGGGUCACGGAGAUGAUGUCAUGAAGUCAUACAAGGUGAAAGUCAAGGUCCAAGGAAAAGAAGUGACAUUGGCGCUGGAGCCCCUUCAAAGCGAACCCAACCUGUGGAAGGUGAUCCGGGCCGAGGGGGAGCACCAACGCACUUUGGAGGCAGAAUGGGUGUCGUCCAGCCCAGUGAGAUUCCUUGGGAUGGAGAUCACAAAAGAAAAGAAUGAGGAGACAGAGCUGGGCAAGCGCCUCUACCUCUUCCCGCCGGGCCCAGCCCAAGCUGCGAGACCCGAGGUAGUAGAAGCAGUUGUAGGCUGGCUUGGAUUGGACAGCCUCACACCCGCACCAAUCUUCAGAAGUUCCUAUGGAAUUUGCGAUAAAUUCAGUGAGGCUGACAGUUGUCCUCCAACAGUGGAGAAAGUGAGGAAGUGCCAGAAGGCUGCUGGGGAGGUACUGUGGCUGGUCACGCGAACGCGACCGGACAUCAUGUUUGCAGUGGCUCGAAUGGGCGCCAAUGUGACGAGAGCCACGAAGAAGGUGAUGGAGACAGCAGCACAGCUUUGGGGAUUCCUGAAGAAAACAAAUGGAGAAGGAUUGAGGUAUGAGGAGUUGGCUGAAGAGGAGCAAGUCAUACAGGUUUUCACAGAUGCGUCAUUUGCACCGGAAGGAGAAGAAUCUCACGGUGCAUAUUUGGUCGUGGUGGGUCGCUGCCCUCUAUUUUGGAGAUCGGGAAGACAGGCAUCUGUGCCCUUGUCCACAGGAGAAGCAGAGCUCAGUGAACUGGUAGAGGGCCUGAAUGCAGGAGUCAGUUUCAGUUUUGCUGGAAGAGAUCGUCAAAGGAGAAGAUUGCGUGGACUGAUAGUUCCACGGCCAUCAGCAUUCUCUCAAGUGAGGGAGGAUCAUGGCGAACACGCCAUCUACGCCUCCGCUCCUCCUACGCCAGACAAGCGAUCUUGGGAGGAGAAUGGGGCCUCAAUCAUCUACCAGGAGAGGAGAUGA